AUGUUUCGUUCUCUUGCACCAAGCCAUAGAAAACAAAAGAAUUUAAUUGAGAAGAACGAAGUUAAUUAUGAGAAUAAUGAAAGAGGUCCAUUGAUAGAAAUUGGUAAUGGAUUAUCAAAAGCGUUUAAAGUUCCAUCCUAUAAAAAAAAUCCAGGUUUAGAGGAAGGACGAUUAAGAAAGAAAUUGAAAAUAUAUAAUGAAAUAAGGGAAGAAGAAAAAGAAAAGAAAUUAUUUAGAAAGAAUUCAUUAGUUCAAAUUAGAGAUGCAAGAGAAGUAUUAAAGCAAAAAUUUAUAAUACCUAUGAAGGAUAAAGAAAAAGAAAAUAAAUAUGAUAAAAAUAGGGUACCGCCAACAUUAGGAACACUUAGACCAGUAAAACUAAUACCUAAACCUCUUUAUGAUCCUCAUGGAGAGUUUUCUAUUGUAUUAUAUGAUCCAACAAUAGAUUCUUUUUUAAAGGAAGAAGAUGAAGUAGAAAUACAUAAAAGUAUAUCAAAAAUACAUAAACCGUUAGCAGAAAUACUUGGUAUUAAAAAGGAAAAAAAUUAUACAAAUGUAGCAGUUGUAAUUGAUCCUAAAUUAUCGAAAAUGCUUCGUCCUCAUCAAAUCGAAGGUGUUAAAUUUCUUUACAAAUGUGUAACAGGAAUAAUUGAUCCACGUGCAAAUGGAUGUAUUAUGGCAGAUGAAAUGGGUCUUGGCAAAACACUUCAAUGUAUUACACUUAUGUGGACGCUGCUUAAACAAUCGCCUCAGGCUAAACAUUCAACUAUUGAAAAAGCUAUUAUAGUAUGUCCAUCAUCUCUUGUUAAAAAUUGGGAAAAUGAAUUAGACAAAUGGCUUGGAAAAGGAACAAUUAAUUCACUUUCUAUAGGAAAAAAGACUACACGAGAACAACUUUCAACUUCUUUGUCUAAAUGGGCAUCUGCUACGGGAAAAGAUAUCGUACAACCUAUACUCAUCAUUUCGUAUGAAACAUUAAGGAUGAAUAUUGAUCAACUGAAAAAGUGUAAAAUUGGUCUUCUUUUAUGCGACGAAGGACAUCGACUGAAAAAUAGUGAAUCUUUAACUUUUUCAGCUUUGGAUUCUUUAAAAGUACAACGUCGAAUCAUUUUAUCAGGAACACCUAUACAAAAUGAUUUAUCUGAAUAUUUUUCACUUAUUAAUUUUGUAAAUCCAGGAUUACUGGGUUCUCGCAAUGAAUUUCGUAAAACAUAUGAACUUCCUAUUUUAAAAGGACGGGAUGCACUAGGAACAGAUAAAGAUCGUGAAAUCGGUGAUCAAAAACUUGAAGAACUUAGCGUUUUGGUAAAUAAGUUCAUUAUUCGUAGAACUAAUGAUCUCUUAUCGAAAUAUCUUCCUGUCAAGUAUGAACAUGUCGUGUUUUGUAAUCUUAGCCCUUUUCAAAAAAAAUUAUAUCAAAAUUUCAUAUCAAGUUGCGAAAUUAAUAAUCUCAUAAAAGGUAUUGAAAGUCAACCAUUAAAAGCUAUAGAUUUUUUGAAAAAACUGUGCAAUCACCCUAGUUUGCUAGAUCUAAAAGAAGAUUUAAAGGGAUUUGAACAUUGCUUUCCAAGCGAUUUUUUUUCUAAAAAUGCACGUGGGAGAAAUAAUGAUAUAAAAAUUGAAUAUUCAGGAAAAAUGAUGCUUCUUGAUCGUAUGCUUGCGAAAAUUCGAAAAGAUACUAAUGAUAAAAUUGUUCUUAUCAGUAAUUAUACACAAACAUUAAAUCUCCUUGAAAAAUUAUGCAGAUUUAGAAGAUAUGGAACAUUACGUCUUGAUGGAACAAUGAGUACUAAUAAAAGGCAAAAACUCGUUGAUAAAUUUAAUGAUCCCGAAGGAGAAGAGUUUGUUUUUUUAUUAAGUAGUAAAGCUGGCGGUUGUGGACUUAAUCUUAUCGGAGCAAACAGAUUAAUUUUAUUUGACCCUGACUGGAAUCCUGCUGCUGAUCAACAAGCAUUAGCUCGUGUUUGGAGAGAUGGACAAAAAAAAGAUUGCUUUGUUUAUCGUUUUAUUACAACUGGAACCAUUGAAGAAAAGAUUUUUCAACGUCAAUCUCAUAAACAAUCUUUAUCCUCUUGUGUAGUUGAUGAUGCACAAAACGUAGAAAGACAUUUUUCUCUUGAUAACUUGCGACAAUUAUUUGAACUCAAUUUAAAUACAUUAUCUGAUACCCAUGACACAUUCAAAUGUAAAAGGUGCAAAGAUAAUAAACAAUUCAUCAAAGCGCCUGCCCUUCUUUAUGGUGAUACUAGCACUUGGAAUCAUUUUUCUAAAGCUUCUCUAGAAAAAAUUAAUGAUUUUUUACUUCGGCAGGAAAUAAAUAAUGAUGUCCUUUCAUUCGUUUUUCAAUAUAUUAGUCAUUAA